AUGAAGCCUGAAAACGGCCAUGUCGAACAUCAAAGCACUGCCAACAGAGGGGAAAAGGAUCCGCCAAUGGGCUGUUCAGAUGCAUUUUUGGUCUGGAAUGGAAAAUGGUUCAUCAGAGACUUUAGUUUUCCUCCAACAGCUUUUUGCUGUUGCAACUUGGAAAUGAAUGCAGGUGAUCAGAGAGUGAAUCAACGUAUCCUGCAUAAAACAUGA